GCUAUGGUGCAAGGGCGACACGUACAUUUUGAAGAAGAACACAUAAAUUCACGUAAAUUGGCAUGCCAAUACAUACGUACAAACGUUUGGAUAGAGGAACAUACAAAGAGUUACUGCCUCAAGAGUGCCUACUGAUUCUCUUGUUAUUACAUGUUAACCCGCUUUUCGGUUGCAACAUAACCUUUUAAAAUUUUAACUCAAAAUUGAAAAAAGCAUAAAUAUUUUCUAAAUGAAUAUAAUUAAAAUAGCUUAGAGGAGAUGGUUAGGCCCGAGUACUCUUCCCCCCCUGACAUUUUUUAUAACGAAGAUGAAGCCAAAAAAUACGUCCGCAAUUCCAGAAUCAGGGACAUACAGUCCCAAAUGACUGAGCGAGCUUUGGAAUUGUUGGUACUCCCAGAAAGCCCCUGCUUGCUACUAGACAUUGGAUGCGGAUCAGGAAUAAGCGGAAUGACCCUGAACGAAUCCGAUCACUUUUGGAUAGGAAUUGAUAUCAGCAUUCAUAUGAUAAGUACUCGCAACUUUUGCUUCCCCGUCAUUUUGAUGUAUGUCCAAAAAGCGGGAUUGCAGAAUGAAGCCCACCACGGAGGGGACAUGAUUUUAGCCGACAUGGGAAAACUGAUGAGGUUCCAAUCUUGCAUUUUCGAUGGAGUAGUCAGCAUAUCUGCCCUUCAGUGGCUUUGCAACUGGGACAAGAAGGAUGAAAAUCCCAAAGUGAGAAUUAGCACAUUCUUUAAGUGGCUAUAUAACUGUUUGAAACGAGGAGCCAGGGCGGUAUUUCAGUUUUACCCCGACUCGGCAGAACAAAUUGAAACCCUCACGAGCUUCGCCAUGAAAGCUGGCUUCGGUGGUGGUGUUGUCGUGGAUUUUCCAAAUUCAGCAAAAUCGAAAAAGUAA